AAUGCCGCUGGCGCUUCACCUCUCCCGGCGGGGAGUGGAGCAGCCACCACCCCGCGGCGCCGGCGGCUCCUCCUUCCCGCCCCAGGCAUGGAGGGAAGGGGACGGCCCCAGCCCUGCCUCUCCGCCGCGGGGCGGCCCCCUCAAUCCUCCCCGCCGGGGCAGGGCCGCCACAGACCCCCGACGAACCCCUCACCCGGAGCGGGGAGGGGGCAGAGAGGGAUGGCCGGGAACCCCCAUGACGAAUGUGCCCACCCGCCAACCGCCUUUCAGCACUCGCUGCCGGCAGCCCAAUCGCAGCGGGGAGAACCGGCUGCAGAAGGGGGUCUUGGGAUGUGUAGUCCGGCCGAAAGGCGGCCUUGCUCCCGACGGGGAGAACUACGCGUCCCGGCGGGCAGCGCGCAGCGGGCCCGAGCCGAGACAAAGCUGCCACCGCCUCCCCCUGUCAGCGCCUGAGGCUGCCGAGGGAGGACUCAUCUCCUUGGAAACGGCAGAAGUUGUUUAUGUGGAAGUCAUAAGGAAACUAAAGCAGCUACAGGUGUGCAAGGGAGCCAUGUUGCACUGGAGGCCAUAG